ACAGCCAGUCCAGUCCACAGCAGCAAACUCUCCAACAUUUGUCAGUAUGAUGGGCCAUGGUGUUUUCAGGCUACAAUCCCUGUGUGGAUUGCUUUGUGAGGGAGCACGAUUUUACAGCAGGACACCAGUAGUUAAAGGUUUUGAAGUACUGCAGCCUGCUGUGAACCAACAGAAAAGAUCCAUCAGCUUGUCCGCUGUAUCAAGGAACGGCAGGUCAGAUGAAAAAUUAACAGUCCACUUUAUCAAUCAACAUAACAAGAAAUUAACUGUAGUGGCAGAGGAGGAUGAAAGUCUGCUUGAUGUUGUGUUAAACCACAACUUAGAUAUUGAAGGAUUUGGUUCAUGUGAAGGAACCCUGGCUUGUUCAACAUGCCAUUUAAUCUUUGACAAGGAGAAUUUUGACAGUUUGGAUAAGAUUUCUGUUGAAGAAUUGGACAUGUUGGAUUUAGCCUUUGGACUGACAGACACGUCCCGGCUGGGUUGUCAGGUUCAUAUGAAGAAAUCAUUGGAUGGAAUGACUGUGAAAGUACCAAAAGCAUUUGAUGUGAGAAAGGCAACUAAUGCAAAGCAGCAGUCAUAAAAGGGAGCCGUCGCAAUCCUGUUACAUAUCUUGGUUCACUAACAUGAUGUUCAAGAAAGCUAUCACGGAUGCAUUCUAUGAAGUCUUCCUCAAGACCGCCUCGACCAACUUGAUUCGCCCAAUCUAUGUGGAAGUUAAAGUCCCCCAUGACAACUGCUGCUCCAUUCUUACAUGUAUCAAACAUUUUUUGGUUUAUUGCCUGUGCCACUGUAAUGUUAUUAUUUGGUAACCUAUAGACAACUCUCGCCAGUGAUUCUUUCCCUUUUACUAUUCCUAAUCUCUACCCAGAUGGACUCAUCAUUCUGCUGCUUAGAUCUUAUGUCAUCUCUCACUAUCACCCUGAUGUCAUCCUUAAUUAAGAGCGCUACCCCACCUCCCUUACCUUCCAGCCUGUCCUUCUAUAUUACCUGAUAACCUUGGAUACUUAAUUCCACCCUUCUGUAAUGGCCAAUAAGUCAGACCCCUUUGUAAUGAUUUAUGCCACAAGUUCACUGGCUUUGUCUUGAAUACUACGGGCAUUCAGAUAAUGUGCCCUUACACUCAUUGUCCUUUUAGAAUCUAGUAACCUUUGUGUUCUUUGCGUUUGACUUUUCUGUUCUCCACUCUUACUUUUCUCUUUUCUAACUUUUGCUCUGGUCUCUGCCUUGCUUCCCUCUGUCUUUCUACAUGGAUUCCCCUCCCCCUGCCAUUUUAGUUUAAACCCUCCCAAACAGCACUAGAAGACAAUCCCCCUGGGACAUUGAUCCCAGUCCUGUCCAGGUGUAGACUGUCAGGUUUGUGCUGGUCCCACCUCCCCCAGAACCAGUUCCAAUGCCCCAGGAAUGUAAAACCCUCCCUCCUGCACCACUGCUCAAGCCACAUAUUCAUCCUAACUAUGUUGCUAUUCCUACUCUGACUAGCAUGUGGCACAGGUUGUAAUCCUGUGAUCGUUACCUUUGAGGUCCUACUUUUUAAUCUAUCUUGUAGCUCCUGAAAUUCGGCUCGUAGGACCUCAUCCCGCUUUUGCGUAUUGUGUAAAUGAAAUUGGCAGAAUGAUCAGAGAGCUCGUAUUGACUUGCACUCGAUCUGAUUAGAUUCUCUUCCAAUUGCAUGGCCCCAACCCCCACUAUCACCUCCUGUUGCAUGUCCCUUAAUAAUUGUACUGUAUCCUUGGCAAACAGAUCACCACAUGGGUAACAAAUUAGGAGCAGUUGGUGUGGGCUGAGAUGAUGCAAAUUCAUCUCACAGCUAGCUUCAAAACAAACAUUUGUUAAUCUGAAAGGGCUUUAAGCCCAGAUCCUGAAGGUGAAAGUUUAGUGUCUAAACCACUGCACCAUAAUGUGACCUAAAGAAACAUAGUUCUCUCAGAGCUGUAGGCCUAAUUGAUUCAACGGAAGGCAGUGACUGCAAGUUUUAAACUUGAGUGGAGUUAUGUUUGUAUCUUAUUGAUGGCGUAAUGGGUCAAAAGCCAAAUCCUCAACUCCAGUGACAGCCUCUGUUAAAAUCCAGAGUUUCUCAGAAUCAGAUUUAUUAUCAUUGACUUAAAUGAUGUGAAAUUUGUCAUUUUGUGGCAGCAGUAGAGUGCAAAGACAUAAAAUUACUAUAACUUAUAAAUUACUAUAUCUUAUAUAUAACUCCUUAUACCUUAUAUUGCUAUACCUUAUAUAUAACUAUAAAUAAAUAGUGCAAAAUAAAAAGGAAUAAUGAGGUAGUGACAAUGGCUUCAUGGACCAUUCAGAAGUCUGAUGGUGGAGGAGAAGAAGCUGUACCUGAAUCGUUGAGUGUGGGUCUUCAGGCUCCUCUACCUCCUCCCCGAUGGCAAUAACGAGAAGAGGGCACAUUCCAGAUGGUGAAGGUCCUUAAUGAUGAAUGCUGCCUUCUUGAGGCAUCACCUCUUGAACAUGUCCUCGAUGGUAGAGAAGGUUAUACCCAUGAUGGAGCUGGUUGGGUCUAUAACCCUCUGCAGCCUCUUGCGAUCCUGUGCAUUGGAGGCCCCAUACCAGGCUGUGAUGCAACCAGUCAGAAUGCUCUCCACCGUACAUCUAUAGAAAUUUGUUUCUCACUCCCCUCUCUCACUUAGUACCUGACACGUCAUAUGUACCACAUAAGAAUUGGCUCAUUCUCCUUGACAGGAUUUAGUGUUCUCUGUUCUUGAAGUCAGAAAGAUUUUAGGAGGAAGUGUGGAUACAUUACCAACAACAUUGUUCUUUAUCUGAGUUUGUUACUGUAGCCAACAUUUUUGCUAUUUAUUGCAGGACACUCUGCACAGUAACCAGAAAGGCCAUUUAUUUCCUCUCAGUCAUUCAGGAUCCUGAAGAUAUCACUAUCUGUAUAACUAUCACUGUUAUGCAGGAGGGUUUAGCCAAAGUGCAUGGAAGUUGAACCUGAAACUUUUAAUACUGUUUGGUAUUAGUUUUGUUAUGUGGCUCCAACAAUUUCCAUUCUGAAUUUAUUCAGAUUCAAACAUAAGCUUAAUAUGAGAGUUCUGCACAAGCAAAGGCACAAACAUUUGACCUUCAACUUAUUUAGCUCAAGCAAGAGAAUUAUGAAAAUUACAAUUCAGACAGACAGUGUUAAAUCUGACAUUUCAAUCUUUAUUAUUAGUGAGAAUACAUAGGGUGCUUAUCAGCAGACAGUAGUAGUGACAAGAGAAAUAGCAAUAACUAUAUCCAAUAUAUUAAACAGCAGUGAUUAUACCCAUUAUUUUAACAAAGCAGCAUGGCAACUCAAGUAGUCAAGGUGCUGAAGAAAGCACAUGGCAUGCUUGUCUUCGUCGGAUGGGACACUGAGUACCAGUGUUGGGACGUCAUGUUACAACUGGACCAGGUGUUGGUGAGACCACACCAGGCAUAUUGUGUGCUAUUCUGGUCGCCAUACUGUAUGAAGGAUGUGAUUAAAAGAGGGUACAGAAAAAAUUCACAAGAAUGUUGCUGGGACUGGAAGGCUUGAGUUAUAAGAAGAGACUGGAUAGGCUGGGACUGGUUUCCCUGGAGCAUAGUAGGCUGAUGAACUGUACGGACGAACUGUAUGGAGAACGCGGCGAAUGAUUCGAUUGAUCAUUGGGCAGCCUAUCGCUCAGCGGA